GUGACGACACUUCCAGUAUAUGACUUUUUCCCCGGGAAGGCGAUUUGGCGCGGAAUCUGUUGUUUUGGUUUCUUCCUCUGGUGUCACCCUGAUUUUUUUUAAGCAAAUGGCGCCGGUUUCUAAUCAAGAAAAAGACGCGGAUAGCGGGGAUUACGACGAUGGGGCCAAUUGCGGUCUCGCCGCAUCCCGCUCCAGACGAGAGAGAAAAGAGAAAGCGGGUCGUAAAUCCGCCUUGGAGCAGCUUAAAAGAGCCAAAAAGGGCGAGAAGGUGAAAUAUGAGGUGGAGGAGAUGGAGAGCGUGUACGAGGAGGUGGAUGAGGAUCAGUACUCUCGGAUGGUCCGGGAGAGACAGGACGACGACUGGAUCGUUGAUGACGAUGGAGCAGGUUACGUAGAAGACGGCAGAGAGAUCUUUGAUGAAGAUCUGCAGGGUACCGACUCGGAAAAAAGCUCUAAGAACAAAUCUGGUGCUAAAGGAGGAGAUGCCAAGAACGCUAAGAAAGCGUCCGUGAGUAAACCCAACAACAUCAAGAGUAUGUUCAUGAACAGCAACGUCAAAAAACCCGCCGAGAAAAAUGUGGACCUGUCCAAAGAUGAUCUGUUGGGAGACAUUUUGGAGGAUCUGCAUGCCGAGAAACCAGUGCUUUUUACUCCACCACCUGUCAUCACCCUGAAGAAAAAGAAAGCCCUGGGAGCACCCAUGAACCCUUUCUCCGUCCAAUCAAAAACCCCCAAGGAGACACCUGUAGCUCUGGCGUCAAAGCCCAAGCAUACCGUGAUCCGCCCUCCUCCGUCUGAUCUCUCACCUAAACCAGCGUCUAAACCCGCCCCCUCCAUCCACCCCCAAAAACCAGAGGUGGAGGAAUCUGAGGAAGUGUGCGACUCGUUAGAUUUUGACGGGGCGGACUUCGAUGAGCCGAUGGAGCUGGGGGCCGAGAGGCAGGUGGAAACGGAGAUUAAAGCAGAGCCGGAACCCGAGGACGAGGUGUUGACAUCAGGCAUGGUGGGCGGCUCCUGCUGGGGGAAGAUGGAGGAGCAGGAGGAUGACGAGUCUCCCGUGGAGGUGCAGGUGGACUCCAGUCAACUGCCGAUGACGGAGGGAGCUGAUGGAGAAAUGGUGUUCCGCUUUUAUUGGCUGGACGCUUUCGAGGAUCAGUUCAACCAACCAGGUGUGGUGUACUUGUUCGGGAAGGUGUGGAUCGAGUCGGCUAAAGCGCACGUCAGCUGCUGCGUGGCUGUGAAAAACAUCGAGAGGACUAUGUACUUCUUGCCGAGAGAGCGUAAGAUAAACCUGGCGAGCGGUGAGGAGACGGACGUUCCAGUCGGAAUGAUGGACGUCUACCAGGAGUUUAACAGCCUCUCUGAAAAAUACAAAAUAAUGAAGUUCAAGUCCAAGAAAGUUGAGAAGAACUACGCCUUCGAGAUUCCGGACGUACCUACACAGAGCGAGUACCUGGAAGUGCGAUACUCUGCCGAGAUGCCCCAGCUGCCGUCCAAUCUAAAAGGCUCCACCUUCUCGCAUGUGUUUGGUACGAACACCUCCAGCCUGGAGCAUUUCCUCCUCAGCAGGAAGAUCCGAGGACCCUGCUGGCUCGAUGUUAAGACCCCUCAGCUGUGCGGUCAGCCGAUGAGCUGGUGUAAAGUGGAGGCCAUCGUGCCGAAAAGCGAGCUGAUCUCAGUGGUGAAGGACCUGCCUCCUCCUCCGCUCGUCGUCAUGUCCAUCAGCCUGAAGACAGUUCCCAAUCCAAAGACCCACCACAACGAGAUCGUGUCUCUGGCUGCUCUUAUUCAUUACAAGUUUCCUCUGGACAAGGCACCUCCAUGUAUUCCUUAUCAGACCCAUUUCUGUGUGGUGAACAAGCCCACAGACUGCAUCUAUCCCUACGACUUCAAGGAUGUGGUUAAGAAGAAGAACGGGAUUGUAGAGAUGGCAGCGACAGAACGAACUCUCUUGGGCUUCUUCUUGGCCAAGUUGCACAAGAUCGAUCCUGAUGUUUUGGUGGGGCAUGACAUCUUGGGCUUUGACCUGGAAGUCCUGCUGCAGAGGAUCAACAUGUGUAAGGUGCCCUUCUGGUCCAAAAUCGGCCGACUGAGGCGGGCCAACAUGCCCAAACUCGGGGGCCGAGGCGGUUUCGCAGAGAAGAGCGCUGCCUGUGGCAGACUCGUAUGUGACGUCGAGAUCUCCGCUAAGGAGCUGAUUCGCUGUAAGAGUUACCACCUGACUGAACUGGCAGCGCAGAUCCUUAAGACGGAGCGAGCCAUGGUGCCUCCUGAGAACAUCAGGAACUUGUACAGUGACUCUCCUCACCUGCUCUACCUGUUGGAACUCACCUGGAUGGACGCCAAGCUCAUCCUGCAGAUCAUGUGCGAGCUCAACGUGCUUCCUCUGGCGCUUCAGAUCACCAACAUCGCCGGCAAUGUCCUGUCUCGGACGCUGAUGGGUGGCCGCUCAGAGAGGAACGAGUUCCUGCUGCUUCACGCCUUCCACGAGAGGAACUACAUCGUUCCAGACAAACAUUUCAUGAAGAAACAUCAGCAUGAGCCUGGUGAGGAUGAUGAUGUAGAUGUAGGGAAGAGUAAGUCUGGGAAGGUGAGGAGGAAGGCUGCGUACGCUGGAGGUCUGGUCUUGGAACCUAAAAUUGGUUUUUAUGAUAAGUUCAUUCUGCUUCUGGACUUCAACAGUCUGUACCCAUCCAUCAUCCAGGAGUUUAACAUCUGUUUCACUACGGUUCAGCGCGAGGCAUCUGGCUCACGCAAAAAGAUCGAGCAGGACGAGGACGCGGAUGAGGUUCCGGACCUUCCGGACCCGGAUCUGGAGAUGGGCGUUCUUCCGAAGGAGAUCCGUAAGCUGGUGGAGCGCAGGCGGCAGGUCAAACAGCUGAUGAAGCAGCCUGAUCUGAACCCUGACCUUUACCUGCAGUAUGAUAUCAGACAGAAGGCUCUGAAACUCACUGCUAACAGCAUGUACGGGUGUCUGGGCUUCUCCUACAGCCGCUUCUACGCCAAACCUCUGGCUGCUCUCGUCACACACAAGGGUAGAGAGAUCCUAAUGCACACCAAAGACAUGGUUCAGAAGAUGAAUCUGGAUGUGAUUUACGGAGACACCGAUUCCAUCAUGAUCAACACCAACAGCUCCAACCUGGACGAGGUCUUCAAACUGGGCAACAAGGUGAAGAGUGAAGUGAAUAAACUGUACCGACUGCUGGAGCUGGACAUCGACGGCGUGUUUAAGUCCCUGCUCCUGCUGAAGAAGAAGAAGUACGCCGCUCUGAUGGUGGAGCCGCUGGGAGAGGGCCGCUACACCACCAAGCAGGAGCUGAAAGGCCUGGACAUUGUUCGUAGGGACUGGUGCGGCCUCGCAAAGGAGUGCGGCAACUACGUGAUCGGUCAGAUUUUGUCGGAUCAGAAUCGUGACAUGAUCCUGGAGAACAUCCAGCAGCAUCUGAUCGAGGUUGGGGAGAAGGUGGCCAACGGCAGUGUCCCUCUCAACAUGUUCGAGAUCCACAAGGCUCUGACGAAGGACCCUCAGGACUACCCGGAUAAGAAGAGUCUCCCACAUGUGCAUGUGGCCCUGUGGAUCAACUCUCAAGGAGGCCGAAAGGUCAAGGCAGGAGACACCGUGUCCUACAUCAUCUGUCAGGACGGCUCGAAUCUAACAGCAAGCCAAAGGGCGUAUGCUCCGGAGCAGCUCCAGAAGCAGCCGGGUCUGAGCCUGGACACGCAGUACUACCUGUCGCAGCAGGUUCACCCCGUGGUGGGGCGAAUAUGUGAGCCCAUCGAGGGUAUCGAUGCCGUCCUGAUCGCCACGUGGCUGGGUCUGGACCCGGGGCAGUUCCGGGCCCAGCAGAGGCAGCAGCGAGAGGAGGAGUCGGACGGGUUCCUGGGCGUUCCGGCUCAGCUGACGGACGAAGAACGGUACCGCGAUUGCGAGAGGUUCUCCUUCGCUUGUCCCGAGUGCGGCACGGAGAACAUCUACGACAGCGUGUUUGAGGGAACGGGGCAUGUGAUGGAACCGAGUCUGAAGCGCUGCUGUCACGUCCCUUGUAAUGCAAGCCCACUACAUCACAACGAUCGAAUCAGCAACAAACUUCUCCUGGACAUCCGGAGACACGUCCGCAAAUACUACAGCGGAUGGCUGCUGUGCGAGGACCAGGCGUGUGGAAACCGGACCCGUCGUCUUCCCAUCGCGUUCUCGCAUUCAGGGCCAAUCUGUCCCGUCUGUUGCAAGUCCACCCUCAAACCCGAGUAUUCCGAGAAGGCGCUCUACAACCAGCUGAGCUUCUACAGGUUCAUCUUCGACUGGGAAUACGCCACCACCAAAGUCCUGCUGGGAGAAGAGAAAUUGAAAUUCAAGAAAUAUUAUACCGAAGAGAGAGAGGUCUAUAAGAAGCUGAAGACGGUGGUGGACCGCGUCCUGGCAUCCAGCAGCUACUCCGAGGUCAACCUCGCCAAACUCUUCCAGGCCUUUACGUCAUUAAAGUAAUGUUUUAUUAGCGUACCAGCUUUCAGGUGGCGCGUUGGCUGAUGUUUUUUUUUUUCCUACCAGGAUUAGUUUUCAUACACAUGUACUAUAUUAUAUACCUGUGAUGUCGUCUGCGCUUUCCUUCACCUGUAUUUCUGGUGGUCAUGAUGAUUGCAGCGCUCGUCGAGAGCUUCCUUGAUUGGCUGAUUGUCACUCAACAUCUUCCAUCAUGUCCAUUUAGCCCUGUCUUUAAUCGAUCCCAAUUCGGGGGUAAAAUGGACAUGAAGAGAGCCUAAAGACCCAUAAAAACACCAGCACCUUCAACCCAAACCCCCUCCUCCUCCUCUUCAUUCCACCACACACAACGAGGGAACAAUCAGGGGUAAUAACUUCUCUCCACCACCACUGGUCCUUGACAGCUUAGCAAUUAGCCAAUGAUACAGACUCGGCCUGGUGAUUCAAGGAGCCGUACCGAUUGGACUCUCGUUUGGGACAUUACCUAUAUACUUGCACUUGGAUUCUAGGUUUUAUCAUAUUCUUUCAACACAUGUUGAUUUUGUUGUUGUCGAUUCGAAUGAACGUCUGAUAUCGUUUCCGUUGAAUGUUUUUAUACUGCAAGAUAAAUAAAUUUGAUUAAGAACAA